GAAAUGUGGCAAAAGGUCGCAAAGUUCAAGGGGGCUGAAUACUUUCGCAAGGCACUGUACAUAAUAAUAAAUUAUGUUUUCUUACCUCACUGGUCAAUAGCUAGAGAGACCUUUGCUUCAUCCCAUCAUAAACUGUACAUUUUACAUAUGUUUUCUUAGACAUAGGAAUCAAUUGUUUGUGACAUGUAAUAUUGUGGAUAUCGUACUAAAUGUAAUCUCUGAUUUAUUUCAUGGUUGGUGGUGGUUGUGUGCAUCAUCUGUGUCUUUGGGAAUCUGGCGAGUAGACUGAUAGAUCAUAUGCUGUUCUCUUUUUCAGGGGAGCUUAGUAAUAGUGUCAAUGCAGAUCCAUACAAGGUAACCAGAAUCCAUUUUUCUGAUGGUUCACGCCUACAUAUCUAUUAGUGUGUUGAUGUCUGGUAUCGUUCUUUCUCCCUCACUGCAGUACAACUAUAACACUGGCAUCAGUUACGAAACUUUAGGCCCUGACGAACUGAGGUCUCUAUUGACAACACAAUGUGGAGUGAUCUCUGAGCACACCAAGAAGAUGUGCACCAGGUCCCAGCGGUGCCCCCAGCACACGGACGAACAGAGGAGGGCCGUCAGGGUGUUCCUCCUGGGGCCGUCCGCGUCGUCUCUGCCCGAUGCAGACAUGAUGGUGGAGAGUGACUGCUACGACGCCUCAGACGGACAAGUUCUCAUGAGUCGUCUACAGUGGGACGGAUCCUCAGACAUCUCCCCCUCUGAUUCAGCCUCCUCCAAAGCUAGCACCAACAACUCAGAUUCUAAGAAGCCCAAGAAGAAGAAGAAGAUUUCUCUUAGCCUAAACAGCACAGGAGGAGGAGGGGGCGGCAGUGGGAGUGGAGGAGGCAGUAGCUCCCAGACUAGUCUAGUAGGCCAAUCCAACAGAAAGAAGAAGCCCAAGCUUCCUGUUCCCCCUGCCCCCAGUAUCUAUGACAACCUAAACUAGGGUAGUCCCAGUCUGCCC